UGCAGCAUCAAAUAACAUUCCAUCUGCAGCUUCAGUAGUAACAUCUUCAAUAGAUGCUACUGCUGAAGCCUUUAUUGAAAAUAAGUCAAGAGUUAGUAAACGUAGUCACCAUUCAACAUUCUCGGACUUGGACAAAGAAGUAGUUGAACGUUUAAUCAAACAAUGGGCGCCAGUAGUUUGGUUGGCUCCAGAAGAGAAAUUUAUGCCCCUUGGUGUGGAAGAGUUUUUAGCACAUGUCCAUCCUGAAAGUAAAGAUAAUUCAUUUACGCCUGGCAUGCCACUGGGAGACAACUCAGAGAAAUCGUUCUUAGUUACCAACACAGAAAUAGAUAAAUUGUUAGAGAAUGAAACAUCAUUUAUACAUGGACGGAAUCCUAAUGUAUCACCAGUUCCUAUAUACGCUGUGGUAACAUUAUGUCAUCAAGAUCAAACUAUGCCAUCCAUACAGAAAAUGGCGAUAAUAUCAUCGUCUACUCAAGCCAAUUAUUCGCCACAACCUCCUAUAUCAAGUUUACAACACGGAUUUCUGUCAACUUCACUGGAACUAACGAAACCAACAAGAGGACCCUAUAUCCCCAUAACAUUAGGGCACCACAAUGAAGGCGAUAAUAAUUUACGGCGUUCUUCACGACUGUAUCCCAUGUUCCAUAAAACUAAACGUAGUUUACCAAAUUCUCCUAUUACACCAUCAGGUCCUGUACCACCAUAUGAUUUAGUAAUGGGCGAAUCUGUGCAAAGUAUUCCUGUAGAACGAAGAAUACCAAUACCAACUUCAGAUCCAAUCAACACUGAUGAUGAAGAUUCCGAAAAAAUUAAUAAUUUUAUUGCGAAUUUAGCAGAUAAUGUCAAAUUUAGUAUACCAUUUAAUGAGCAGGAAAAUUUAUUGGAAAAUGAGAGUGGACAACAAAUGACGGGCUUUGGUAACACUGAAGGCACCAUCGUACCCUCAUUUCACGUAACAUACUGGAUGUUUUAUCCAUACAGUCAGGGUAAAAAUAUGUGCACAGUAAGUUUAGGACCCUUUGGUCGCAUCCCAUUUCCCGCCGUAUAUGGAUACUGUUUGGGACGCAAAAAGGAUAUUGGCAGCCAUAUAGGAGACUGGGAACACAUGACUUUAUAUUUUACUGCAUCUGCUGAGCCAGAAGCCAUGUAUGUUUCGGCCCAUGAUGCGGGCGCAUAUUAUGUCUAUAAUCGUUUGACAGGCUCUUUCGAAUUUAAAAGACAAGAGACCCGCAAAGGUAUUUUACAAAUGCCUAAUUUUCCAAAAACGGUAACUACGUUUAAUGAUCAUCCUGUACUGUUUGCAGCUAAGGGUUCCCAUGGUUUAUGGACAGCACCGGGAAAACAUCGUUUUGUUAAAGUUGCAAGGUUGUAUGAUAUUAAUGGUUUUGGUACACCGUGGAAUACAUGGAAACAUGUUCAAAUUACAUAUGAAAAUUUAAAAUCUUACGGUCGUUCUUUGGCUCCUUCGUGGCUGUCGUUCAAAGGUAAAUGGGGAAAUCCCAAAAGUAAAUGUCAUCCUUUACGACGGAUCGGCUUGAAUUUUUGUGAAUUUACGGAUGGUCCCACUGGUAUUCCACUAAAGGAGCCACAUUUUCAAUGUGGUGCUACAUAUAGACGUUGAUAAAUAAUUACUAUUUUACACGAAUUAGAUCAUAAACAUUGUGCAGUAUUUUAUCUCUAUAAAUUAUUGUUGGUUCUUUCUUACAUAUUUAUUUUAGAAACAUUUUAUUAUAUAAAAGUUAAAUAAAUCCUUUUCGUAGCAACGUUUUAAAAACUUUGUUACAUAUUAUUAUGAGAACUCCUUAUAUGAUAAUCAUGAAAUAA